UGGAUAAUGGCUGAUAACGAUCAAAUAGAGAAGAUAUCUUUGGAAUUUACUCAGGCCCAGACCCUGCUCAGCGAGUUGAUUGGUGCCAGACAGCAGCUUGAAACCCAGUUCCAGGAAAACAAAAUUGUUCUCCAGGAAUUUGACCAUUUGAAUGAAGACUCCAAAAUAUAUAAAUUGACAGGCCCAGUGUUAAUGCCACAAGAUUUCCUGGAAGCAAAGAUGAACGUCAACAAGAGAAUCGAAUUCAUCAAAGGCGAAAUCGAAAGAGCCGAAUCCAAGAUCAAGGAACAAGAAACGGUCAUGGAAACCGCCAGAAACCUGUUGGUUGCCAUAAGAACCAAAAUGGCCUCUGCUUAAUUAUUACUAUUUCACCAUGUACAUUAAUCCGAAUAUAUACAGUCUAUCUAUCCCC